CCUCGCGGACUUAUACGUGUUUCACUUCCGUUGCCCAGUGUUUUUACGGAGUUGCACGUGUUGUCCACAUUGAAAAAGAAAGAAGGGAGAACUAGAGAAUAUAAAUUCAUUUAACCAUAUGAGCAAUUCAAAGUUAGCUCCUAUUUAUGAUGAAGCAUUCUCAUAAUCUCGUUAUGGCCAUUUUUGAACGAACGGCAAAAUACAUACGUGUUACCCUCGCAAGUACUCGGAAAUGACUGAUCUGUUGAAAGAUAAGUAUUUUCUUAAGCUAUUGUAGUGAUAGGCCUUAAAGGAUUUUUCACUGGUAAAAUUAACCCGAAGACAAGAGAAAUUGCUUCACAAGUUUAACUACAAGCCCAGACAGUACCGCUGUGAGCUAGAGAGUUCGUACCCCCCAUCCACGCACCACGCGACAUUCACACAUCCACCUGUCUGUGAGUAGAUUAGUGGCGCGCUAUGACGUCAAGUGGCGUGAUACUCGCCAGAGCUGUGGACAAAUGGCAGCCGAGCUAUGCAAAUUAAUCUCUUUCAGUGAUCCACGCUUGUACACGAAAGACUACACUUGAUUUAUCAAAAAUGGGAGCGGAUUCACUUCGCUAUCUGGUAGUCGUUUGGAUUAUUCUGUCAGCAAAGAGAGCGGUUUUAGGUCAGUUCCUAUCAAGACUAAACAUACUAAGACUUUUAGGCAGAUUUGUACUCCAACUCUUUCAAAUUUCGAGCGACGGGAGAGAACUAUCGUUCAUAAUGCGCUUGGCAGUUACACCUUUCAACUACUUUUGGUUUCGCUUCUUGACAGGAACUUCUAUCGAACUUUCAGUGAGUUCGAUUCGAGAAAGCUAUCAUCAACUAUCGAAAGAUUUAUCCAUUGUAUUGGAGUAAGAUUUUUGAGUAAACUUACAGUCGUGACGGCGUUUGUACAACGAACUGUACGAUGAAUAUUUCACGAUAGUGGGAAGGUUGAGUUUCACCGCUCCCCCAAACACGCCCUCCGGUUUUCAACAGUGAACUGAAUUCCCGUUCCAAUCGCUCUAAAGUUCGAUGUUAUUUUAGUUUAUGACGAAUUAGAUUAUCUUACUAGCCUAGACCUUGACUUUGGAUCAAAAAUUAGAAGAAAGUCCACAACAUUCUUUCUCGAUAACUGCUAAACGUGUACCUGCCGUACGUUGCUAGGUUUUAACUGUAGUUCAUCGAAGUUCAGAUGCAACAACCAGCGCUGUGUUCCCUUGGAUUGGCGAUGUGACGGAGCAAAUGAUUGUGGGGAUAAUUCAGAUGAAAGUGGUUGCCGUAAGUUUUAUCUCUUGUGUUUUUUAUUUGAGUUGAAACGAUACUUGAGUUGAGUAAACUGGUUAAUGUCUACAUCUGUCGCGUUCGGCGGAAAUACGAGGUUACUCUCAGUGAAGAAAACUGGUUUAGGAAUUUACUUUGCCUCAGUGAAUUAGAUUCAGUAAACUGAUAGGGAAAACUUUGGAUAAAGAAAAUCGCCACAAUCUAUUUUUUAACUCCAUCUAAUUCCCUGUGUGGAAAAGCAACGCAACUGAAAUUUGAAAUUCAAAAUCGUAUAUUAAGAUAGGAAUUUCUCGCCUUACGUAGCCAGUCGUACGAGUAUUGAACGUUCAUUUGAGCUUAAGAUGGGGUAGAAAACAUCUUGAAGUCGACCUGAAUGAGUUCCUGGCAGGAAUCUUUUGAUAAGAAAUAAAUAGCUGACGAAAUCCCGGGCGAAAUUGUAGUAUUCUCUCGGGAAAUUGAACUUCCGUCUUAGACCUGGUUUAAUCUUUCUCGUGGCGAUUUCGUUGAAAUCUGAUACGAUAUAACCAUAUUAUUGGCCAUAGUGCUUGUUAUUAGCCAUCUAAAGAACAUAAUUUUUGGAAAAUGGAGUGAUUUUCGCUAAAAAAAUUCGCUCGCUUAACUUUGAAGUUCUAACAGUACGCCGCCUUUGUUUGUGGGACGUUCGUGGGUGUGUGCCAAUAUGGCUGUCGUUGAUUGGUCAAGCUUAUGUUGGUUAAAUUUGCAUGGAACUACUGUGCGACAACAGGUUUCUUCGCUAUGACGCGUUCGCUGAUUUCGCUGUCUUUCUGUGUCUUUUCCUCGUAGUCCAAGCGAAAAACUCUAUUUAUAAUUUGACAAUCCUAUUUGGUUCGUCUCCAUGAUAACUCUCCUGAGCGAGGUAUUAAUCUUAUCCCACUUUUUACGAGUUUAAAUUCCAAACAUUGCUUUAUACUAAUUUGUUUGGGAAGACAAAACACCAAAUUAACGUACGCAAACGUCAGUUUACCAAUAUAACAGGUAAUCUUUCUAAGUCUUAAAGUUUUUGGAAAAUGUAAGCACUUUCGAUCUGGGUUUUCAGGUUUUUGUUUACAAAGUGUCAUUGUUGUUAAAAUAUUAUGAUCGUAGUCUCCUAGGGGAUUCUUUUUCAAAUAUGUUGCUAAGUGCAAAAAAAAUAAUUGAAUGCCUAAAGUAAUCCCUUGGAAUGUUCUUGUUGUUGAUGUUUAUAGAGUCAGUUUUUAAACAUUGAAGAUGAUGCUUCGUUAGAUCAUUUAGUAAAAUGAGCCAAAUGGUUACGAUACUUCUAAAACGCGCCACAGCGUCUCGCCUGUUUAAAGAGGGAAAUUAACAUACUGAACGCUAUUCAAACUUCCUUUGUUCUUGUGACAAACAAUGUUGUUGAUGGAGAAUAAAUUUUUGGUUUGGUGGGAAAUUCCUUUUUAGAGACUUCAGAAUGGAGUAAACUCGAGAGUCACCACUAUAUUUAUGGCAACAACUGGGGCAUAAACCUUUUAAGGUUGCUUUCUGCUCAAAAGGAAUUUGAAUGUCGCUUCUCAGCCCUUUCAUUUUGUUAAAGGAAGACAAAAUUGUCCUUUUCUCUUCAAGACAAUUGCUUUAAUUCAACAUAUUAAAAUCUAACUGCCCAAAGUCAUUUUAAUAUUGUUAUUAACAUACAACUAUAGAUAAUCUAGAACAGAUGGCCAGAGAGCUUUUUCACUUUUUACCAACAUGAGUGAACUUUUUCAAAACAAGACACAACUAGAAAAAUAAACCAUAUUUGUAAAUUCCAAUGAUAUGCAGUUUAAUGUUUUAGCUUGAACUGAAAGGAUCAGUUGGUUUCAAAAAUUGGUCUCAAUAUUGUAUUUUUGGAGGGGGAGUUGAGAAGCUUUUAAUUGGCUGUUCUCUAGUGCUUAACAUGCGGUUGGAAAUAAGUAUUCCUCAAAGACCCAGAAUUCUAACUUUAGAAUGUCUUCUAUGCAGAGGAAGUGAUGGUUAAGUCAUUUUGUCUUGUAUUUAUUAAUAAUCACUAUUUGUGGUUAUGAACCUAAAUAAUUAUAUAAGCCACCUCAUGUUGAGUGGGAGAAAAUUGUAUUGUUUAACCAUUGGACACUUUGAUAAUAUCUCAUUCUUUUGUCCAAAAGAAUUUAUUUUUUAAAUCAAGAAUUAUUGAAGUUCAAGGUGAUCCAGUUUUUUGUCCAAGACAAUGUUUUCAACCAUUUACAUAACUAGCUCAGUGCACCACCAAAAAAAUUAAGCUAAGUGGCUGACAUAUUCUUAUGGUGGAACAAAAGAAAACCCAAGUAGUUCAUAGAUUUAUCCAACUUAAUUAUGAGGCAUAGAAAGGCUCUGUUGUUGCAUAACUUAACUUCUGCUAAGUCAAUAUUGCAUAAUGUUUUCAUGGUUUCAACACCACAUUGUUUCUGUGACCAUGUCUGGAUGUCAGGAAUUAAUGACUUGAAAUUUUGAGGAAAUUUCACUGUGGAUGUUGCAGAUUUUAGCAUUAAAGUGUAAAAGCUGUUUGUUUUUUCGUGUAAUUGUUUGUUUUAAGGGGCAUAUAGGAGAGGUUGACCACAAGGGUAGGCUUUUGUUUUUUGCAAACAAUGAAUGUGUAAUUUUAGACUGAAGUAGAUAGUAAAGAUAAACAACAUGCAAAUAAUCUAUCCAUGCCAAUCUGUCACUCUCAACAAUCUAUCUUGUACUCAACAAACAAUUGAUGUGUACAUGUAUUUAUAUUAUCUGCAACCGGUCAUUGCACCAAAGACAUGAAAACAGAUAUCUUGUUUUUUUUAAGGGAUUUUUUAUCUAGGAACACAACACAUGACUCUGAUAUAAGGGAUUUAACCCAAAUAUCUAGAUCCAGAUUUAUGAGCUCUAAAAUCUCCAUUUAGCGAUGUGUUGUGGAAAUUCCAUUAACUUUAGUUUUUUAGCUACCUUAAUACUAAAACCAAAGUUGGAAAGAACGUGCAACUCUAUCUUGUUAUUUGAAAUUUAUGCUAGUUCAUUUCUAAAUCAAAAAUGCUCUCAAGCAAAAUUGAAACAGUCACAAUAUCAUGGAAAAUUAUCUGUUUUUUCUAGGGUUAAAAAAAAGAAAAUUCAAAGAGCUCUUAAGAAUCUAUUAUGCUCUGAUAUUUUCAAUAUUGUGAUAGUCUCCUUCAAUCCACAUUCCCAGCUUGGGAAUUUUAUAUCACAGGCUGUUUUGAUGGCCGUUUGAACUAAAGUCAUGUACUUUGAGUGAGUUAUCUAAUAGUGUUUGGCAUUUCAUUUAUAUAUCCAUUUUUUUGUAUUUUGCCUCUGGAAAAAAAAACUCUUUAUUUUACCUGAUCCCCAAAUAAUCUUUGAAAAGGUACAGUGAAAAAAAAGAAACAGCACCUAUCGUAGAUAUUUGAUGGUGCAAAUUAAAUAAACUGCUGCUCUCUUUUUGGCUUGUUUUUUCAAAGUUUUGUUUUUCCUUAUGGUAAGCACUGCUUAGAUACAAUUUUAUCAUCAAUUAACAUGCUGCGUUUAUUACACUUAACGUCUGCCCCCUUGAUAUGAUCCAUAGGAAAAAAACCUUAACUGAGACAUAACGUGCGUUUCAGGUGAUAUGUCUCCCUGGAAGUGUAUUAUUGAAAUCAUUCCCUUGAAAGUUGAGAGGAAAGGAUGGUGUUGUUUUUCAUCACAAGAAUAGUAAAUCCAAUUUGCAGAGUACGCCCCCACUAAAUUGCACUUUGAUAUCUGGAAUUCUUUCAGACUCCUCGCUGUUUUAGUGUUAUUGUGGAAUUUGGGUGAUAUUCUUUGAACUCAAAUUAUUUCUGAAGUCGACUCUCAUCAGAACGGAACUGAACUGGCCUUUUUAACUUUGUCUCCUUAAUACCGCCCAUUUCUUGAACUGUCAGCGAUCUUUUCCAACACAGCUGUAGAAGUUUAUCCUUAUUUUGGGUGUCUCUCUAUUCAUCAUUAAUUGGAUAUAUCUGAAAAUAAACACCUACGGCAAUUGAUCCUUCCGCCCUUUCGAGCUUAUGAUUUAAAGUCUUAUUUUCCAUGAUCCAAGCGGUAUUUCUAAAAUUCACUUUAAAACACGCAACUUUCUCUGCGUGUGCAAUCGUAACACGCGUGAGAUACGCCUUGUCGCGCGCGUCAUGAAUGGUGUGUUAAGUGCUGUAGGGUCUGCUUCAUUCGUCAAGGUAGCUACUUAACCAUUGACGUGCGUGCCUGCCCAGGGAGAUAAUUAAAGGGUGGAAAGUUGACGUCAAGUUUAGAUUUUGAUGCUAAUUAGAUCAACGAUUUUUAAUUUCUUGUUCGUCUGUGCUACGCAAUACGUCUGUAAGAUAUCAAUUUUUUUUGCAGGUCUACGCUUGUGCGACCCAAAAACUGAGUUCACCUGUGCGAAUGGUACCUGUAUACCCACUAGUUGGGUUUGUGAUGGUGCUAAAGAUUGCAAAGAUGGAAGUGAUGAAGCUACUGAUAGUGGACCUCGCUGUCGUAAGUAUUUCAAAUUCUCCUCACGCGUCUAUAUACAAUUUAUUGCAUUCGUUUGGGAGAAAUUCUCUCCGCAUCGUAUGACGAGGCAGUUCCCCUUCAGCGAUCAAUCCGUUACUAAAUUCUGCACAUAAUAUCAUUCCUUUGUUUUGAUCGCGCGAACUGACAUUGAAACCAUCUUAACAGCUUAGUCAGAACCCUGCAAAUAAUAGCGGUUUGAUAAAUUUAUCCUAGUUGAGAAAGCAGCAGUGUGAGAUUUUAGCGCAUGCGAUUGUAGAUUUCAAAGGUGAAGAACAUCUCACGACAUAUCUUAGGAAGUAUAUCUCGUGUGACAAGUUCUUGUGGUCACCUUGAUAAAGAGCGAUAGCCAAAGCCACUAUGUAGAAACAGCCUUCCUCAAAUCAAGAGAUGCGCAGUUAUCGACUGAUAGUUUUUUUCCAUAACAUACCCACUGCCCCUAUCCCUUUCUCAGAGUUAUAAGGGUAAGGAGCCUGUAACUUAACCGAGAUUACAUGGCGUCAGAACAAUCGAUUUUCUAGUUUCCUGAAAAUGCUGCUUUACUAGCUUUGUUUUUCUUUAAAUUUUGUUUUUAACGUCGGAUGAAAACACCUUUCGAUGCCAAAUCGUGCAGAAGAUCUGAUCAGGAUGACCGUUUUUUUUUUGUUUUUUUUUUAGCCACUGUUUCCCACACUUGUAGCUCUAGUGACUUUACAUGUGCCAAUGGAAUCUGUAUUGGAGCUGAACUGAAAUGUGACCAGGAAAAUGACUGUGGUGAUAACAGUGAUGAGCUGAAUUGCGGCUCUCGUAAGUGAAACUUGUUGUAACUAAGAGUGAACUGUUUUUGUUUGUUUUUUUUGUCGCACCUUGUUCGUCACUUGGUCAUUAACCUCCAACGUUGUCUAAUUAACAAAUAGAUUCCAAGUUGCCGUGCGUCUGUUCAGUAAUAGAUCACAGAUAACAAAAAAAGUGGCACACGAGGCGCAGCCGAGUGUGUCACUGAUGUUCUUACCACAUUUUGACGUCCUCUAUGAUCUAUUACCGAACAGACGCACGGCAACAUGGAAUCUAUUUGUUUUAUAUAAUAAAGAAUUUUAAAAAGUUGUAAUGAUGACGUCAUCUACACGUCUGUCCUCCAAUAGAUCAUAAGUGAGAACCAAUCAGAAUGCGUGCAUAACUGAGCUUAUUAUAUAAUUUCUUUUUGCAGUCAAGUGUAAAUCUACGGAGUUCCGCUGCGUCAAUGGUUUGCGAUGCGUGUCCAACGACUUCCUCUGCGAUAUGGAAGACGAUUGUGGUGAUCGGAGUGACGAACGCAAUUGCCGUAAGUUGUUUCCUUUACUUUGUGAUUUUUUUUUUAAGUGCUGUUCAAGUCUUUUAUUUGAAUGGGAAACCGGUCAUCAUUUAUCACCAGGGGGGGGGGUCGGAGGGGCUCUGUAAUAUCCUUAUGAACCCCCCCCCCCACCCCCAUUGGCAGUCAAUUGGUAGUCAGCGUUCUAACCAACUCCGUUGGCGACGACUGAAGCCCUUCCGUUCCCCCUGAAAACCAUGUGACCCUCCCCAAAACAAAAUCUUUCCUCCCCUCGUCUCAGGGGAUUAAUAAUGAGCAGUGCCUAACUAUAUCCUUUGGUUUGAGUACUACUGAAGCCUUCUUUUCGUCAUAUUAUAACAGAUAAGGCCUCUUGUGAUCCAUCUCAGUUUCGCUGUGUUGAGAGUGGACGAUGUAUCCGUGGUUUGUACCGAUGUGAUGGAAGGCAGGAAUGUGUGGAUGGCUCAGACGAACACAGUUGUAAUUCAUCAGGUAAGCUUUAUUUGAACUGUUUUUAAAAAGAGGUUUUCCUCGUAACAAAGACAAAUAGGACAUAAGCUGAGAUCAGCUCCAAAAACCCCUGUAUUCCGUUUGUAACGUAUUCUUUUUUACUUCAUUCCAUUAGUUAUAACCCGACCUACCCCUCCCCCACCCAAAUGCCGUAUAAAUGAAUGGCUGUGUAGCGACAGAAGUCAGUGCAUCCACAGGAAGUGGAUUUGUGACGGAACAGCUGAGUGUAGCGAUGGAAGUGAUGAAUCAAGCUGUGGUAAGAAAAAGAUAAAUCAAUGUUUAUGUUUUUUCAGGUUUCAAGGUUUUUGAUUUUACAGAGAAAAUUCUAACCCUUUGGUUGGUUUUGAUUUUAGGCAACAUCGGUUGCACGCCUCAGGAAUUCCAAUGUGACAAUCAACAGUGUAUUCCCUCCGUGCAGCGUUGUGAUGGAAACGAUGACUGUGGUGAUGAAAGUGACGAGAGGAAUUGUCGUAAGUAUCAAAACUGAUGGAACUCGACCAGUAUCAGUCUUGUGAUAUGAUUUGCUGCAUUCAAUGCAGUCGUGUCCCCUAAAAAUCUCUCGUAGUACUUGAGAAAUAUUGCACCGUUAUUUCGUUACCAUUUUAAAUCCAAGGAAACGCUUAUCGCAAGUCUCCACCUAGAUUGCUCUGCCUUUAGUUAAAAUUGGAGCAACGCCUAUCUUAAAAGUUAAGCUGCGCUUGAAUUUAUGAUCUCGUAAGCGUCACUUAAAUAAACUUUAAACUGAAAGGUCGUGAUGACCAUUAAAGCUUAUAAAGUCCCUUAAAUUCUUCUUUAUCGCCGCGAGCAAAUGGUUCCCGCGAAAUAUAAAUGCAUUGUUGGAAAGUAAACUAUCGCUUUUUCAUAAUUUAUUGAACAGUAAGAUAACCUCUUAAAAAUAAACUCUUUUAAAUAUUGCCUUAAACUCAUUUCGUGAUGACAUAGCAGUGAAUGCUUUUUCUUUCGAUCUGUUGACAGAAACCACUUGCCUUCUUUUCCAGUUUUUUCCAACUCGUAAAUAACGUUUGUGUCAUCUAUUCUCUUGUUUUUUCCCUUUUCUGGCCAUACCUUUUAAUUCCAACGCUUUUUACUGUUUCAUGUGCACGUACAUACUUCAACUUUACCUAACCUUAUAUGGACUAUUGUAUCCACUCACUACUAAUGCACUGCGAGCAUGCAAUGGCUGUGUAAGCUGGGUACUAUGCUGCCCACGUAGCUUAAAACGAAACCUCGCUGAACUUUGCUUUGAAUCUAGCUGGCUUUUUCGUUAGAAUCCUUACAAGGAUGUAGUUUUUUUCUUUUUAUGCUUAAAUGCUGUUGAUGAUUUGUACUAAUUACCUUAAUAACAACACUCAGACUUUAUGUUGUAUAUGACAUGACAUCACAUUCCAUCGCAUUGCGUCACAUUACGUCAUAUUAGAACACAUCGCAUCACAUCAACGAACAUCACAACAUUAAGAAUACUUACACUACUCAAAAUACAAUACUUAGGCUAGUAUCGAUGAAUACAAAAGUGCUAAGUACCUCCACGUCACAGUAUUUUGCAUGAGGUACCGGUGCACUUUUAUCUCCGCAGUCGCGUUGUGGUGUGAAUAAUGAUAGCGUAUUUACUUUGUGUUGACCCAUUGUCAUAGUCCACAAAUAACUGUUCUUUCUCUUUAUAAUACUUGUAUUAAUUGACCUGGGCAACUGUCUUCUAACUCCCAGCUUCUCCAACCCCGUCUGUAACUACUAGUACCCAACCUCCGACAACUACACAUGCGUCUCCGCGGCCAGGCCCUACAGUUGAUGUAACAGGUUACUCUAAUAGUAAGUACAAAAACUGGCUGAAAAAUGCGAUGCUGACUAAAAGCUUUGCGCUCAACACUAUCGCGGUAAAAUAAAGACCCAAUAAAUAAAAGAUAAGCUUACAAUCAAAGCUCUAACGAUUUGCUUUCUAGUAUACAGAAAAGUCCGUUUUUAACGAGAAGAAAUGACAAUUUAAGUGAAUUUUUUGGCAUUACGCUGUACAUCUAAAGCUUGCGCUUGUAACAUAAGGCCCUCUAAGUCUCAAUCCCGAUUCCUCUUGUAUAAACGUUUGUCUUGGUGAAGAAAGUACCAGACUGAAAAGGUAUUUUGUUGUCACUAUUCAUUUUGUACAGAAACCACUUCCGUGUGCAAAGCCAACGAAUUUCGUUGUGGCAGCAGCUUAAUUUGCAUUGAUGAUAGUAAAGUCUGUGACAGACAUCCCGACUGCCCCCAUGGAGAGGAUGAAAAUAACUGCGGUGAGUUUGAAAACUUGAUGCCUGUUUUACGCAAUAUUUGAUGGAGUGUCUCAAAUAAAUCCAGAAUUGCUUGCAUGUUGUAUCAUCACGUUCUGUGUCUUGUCUUUAAAACGAGUGCUUCUCCCUGAACCGAAAGUGUGUUCCGCUAGAGUCUAGUAAAACCAAAGCCAAUCUCAACAGCCAAUCAGCGGAGAGGAAAUUAACCACAAGAAGCCAAUGAGAACGCAGAGUGAAAGCAAGCAGAUUGCUUGAAGCGCGGGAAAACGCGAGUGACCAAGUCGCGAUCGGUUUCAGUUUUGAAUCUGAUUGGUUAACAAAAGGCGCGAGUUUUUUUGGACCAAUCACGCAGCGGAUACCAAAAUAAUUCUGGAUUACAUAAGACACUCGCUUGAAAAUAACUCAAAGACAAAAAAACUAAAACGAAUAGUAACUUGGUCACCUAUACUUUAGGGUGUAUAGGGUUAAUAUUCUUAAUACUUUUUUAUUGUUCUUAGACAUAAAUGAGUGCAAGGAUCACAAUGGACAUUGCUUGCACUAUUGCCACAACACGAAGACUGGGUUCUACUGUUCGUGCAGACCUGGAUAUGAACUAGCGGACGACAAAAAGAGUUGCCAAGGUAAGACCUUGGAAACCAAAGAGGAAAACACCUGCGAGCCAAUUAGAUUUCUUACGUGACAAUAAUCGCUGAGUAUUUUAUAAGCCAAAAUGUAUCAGAGCUAGUAUUCAAUAGGUUGGAAUAUAAAGUUGAAUUUGGAAAGCAGUACUUGAGCAGUACUAGGCACUUUGUAUUGCUGCAUUCUCAGCUAAAAUCAGCGAAGAUUGGUAAGAGAGCAAGUCUUUAAAUGACUACUUUAACUACUACUUCUAAUUUUUUCACAAUUUUGACUUGGAAAUUUUAUUGUCUGUUACAGACAUAAAUGAGUGCAAUAUUCCGGGAAUGUGCAGCCAAAUCUGUUACAACUUGAAAGGAGGAUUUAAAUGUUCAUGUCUUGACAGUUAUCAAUUGGAUCCUGACGGCAGGAAAUGUCGCGCCACUCGAGGUACGUAAAAAAAGUUAUCUACCCGCGAGUUAGGUUUGAUAUCCUGGCGCUACGCUGCCAUUAGUUAACUCUGACGAAGCUGUAAUUGGAAAGCAACCGAAGGUCUCCGAAUUCUCGAAAUAUACGACGAGGUUUUCUUUGACAAGCCCUUUUACCCAAAAGCUGCUUAGCUAGUUUUCAAUUAGACAAGGCAGUUUGUCAAGGACAAGAUCAGUUGCCUUGAAGAUUGGGAAGGGUUUAGGAAAAACAGUACCCUAGCAAGUUUUGUUUCGUAAUUAGUUAAAGUAUACAGCGGAAAGGUCUGUCCUCGAUAGAUACAAUGAUUGAGGAAAACCCCCAAGCAUGAGAACAACAUUAAGGUAAUGAGAAUAAAAGAAAGGAUCACCUGCGAAAGGAGCUCUGGAUUGUUAAACAAAUUAGGUCUCAGACAUGGCUUGAUGCUACUCUGGUUUACAGAUUUAAUGAAUGUAACCGAAGAAGUUACAAUUCAUAGACCCAACGUUUUGACACUCGGCACCAGACAGGAGUGUCGAAACGUUGGGUCUAUGAAUUGUAACUUCUUCGGUUACAUUCAUUAAAUCUGUAAACCAGAGUAGCAUCGAACCAUGUCUGGUUGUCCACCUGGUUGCCAUGUGAACUUUAAUAUAUUUUAAAUUAGGUUCCUUGGUAGUACCAUAGGAAACGUUUAGAGAACAGUAUGGAGAAUAUGCAUUCUAAUGUUAAUGUGCAAGGGGUUAAUAUCGUAUGGUGUCUCUGUCAGGUCCUCGUCCAUCGUUGAUCUUCAGCAAUCGUAGGAAUAUUCGUCAGAUCAGGACAGACGGCUCCGAUUACAAAGAAGCAGUCGCUCAACUUACAAACGCCUUUUCUUUGGACUUCGAUUUUAAAACAAGCAUGAUUUAUUGGACAGAAAAGUCUCUGAGGAAAAUCCGGCGGGCUCGUAUUGAUAAGAAUCCUGCUCCCAAAAUCGUAGACGUCAUGCAAGAAGGAUUGGAAGAUUCAUCCCACAUCGCGGUGGACUGGGUCGGGAGGAAAAUCUACUGGGCCAAUGAAGGUGGUUCUAUUGAAGUAUCCGAGAUGGACGGUUCCUUCCGUCACACUUUGAUCAACGAAGGCAUCGAGAAACUUAGCGCUAUAGCUGUUGACCCCGUUGAAGGGUAAGAAAAAUCCACUAAUAUUUUCAAAUUGGAGUCCAAAGAAACCUAGAAUCAGUGCAAUGAAUAACCCCAGAGUUACACCUUUAAUGUUCGUCACACAAUCGUUAUCGCGUCUCUUGUGAAGAUAUGUUGCGUGACAACCAUACUAUUAUUGAGGAAACCUGUAAGCGUCGACCAGAACCAAACAAUUAAAGUGCAAGUCUUAAUCUUUGUGUUAAGUUUUUCGGUGGAAAUUCUUACAUUCUUCUAUCUUUGUCUUUCAGGGUUUUAUAUUGGACAGACUGGGGAGACCCGGCCAAAAUUGAACGAGCAAACAUGGACGGAAGCGAUCGAAAAAUCGUUAUAAGUGGAAACCAUAUUGAAUGGCCAGUCGACAUAGCUAUUGACUUCACCACUAAGAAAUUGUUCUGGAUUGACGCUAAACUCAAGGUUAUUAAGCAUUGUGAUAUGGAUGGUUCCAAUGUGCGUGAGGUGGUGAACCAGGGCAUUAAGGAUCCCUCUGCCAUCACAGUGUUUGAGGAUCACAUGUACUGGAUUGAUCAGAGAAAGAUCGUCAAAGCCAACAAGUUUACUGGGAAAAAUGUAACAGUUCUUUUGAAUCAAGCCGAAUCGCCCAAAGAUUUGCACAUAUACCAUCCACAGAGGCAACCACAUGGUAGGCAAAAAAAACUCUUACUUUUGGUCGCAGCUAAAACGCGUUAGUAUUAUUGGAGUUAAAACACGUACUUGAUUUUGCAACCAAAACGCGUUUAUCUGAAUCGCAGCUAAAUGCAUUAACGCAAUAAGAGGCUUGGAUGGUACUAAGGAAAGGUGGUGUCUCAUUGGCGGGCUCAGAGGCACCUUAGAGGCCCCCGUAGCCGCGUCCUGUGUAUCUCGUUUAACACCUACAAUGCGUUUAGCCUAUCCUUAGCGAUUAUGUAUUGAGGUUCUGCUGAUCUGUAGAAAGGUUUUAAUUGCAGUUAGAAAAUGCUUCUCUUGAUCUUUCUUUUCAGCUGUUACGCCUUGUUCAAAAGAUAACGGAAAUUGUUCGCAUCUUUGCCUUUUAUCGUCGGGUGCUAAGAAGUUUACUUGCAACUGUCCUAACGGCCUUUAUCUUCAAGCUGAUGGAAGGACGUGUAACUCGAGUAAGUUAGUGUUUUCGUUUAUUUUUUUGUUUGUUCACACGCUCUCUGAGCGGGUGAUAGGUAGUUGUAGAAGGAAUUUGACUUGUUACGCCUGGAACGGAUAAACACGAAACAAAAAAAAAGACCUGCUCAAGUGUUGAGAAGACGUGUUCUUAUGAUUUUUCAUUCACUUGUUUAUUAUUCAGCUAUGCCACCAACUACCAAACCAUCGCCAUCGCCAUCUUCAUCGUCAACUGUGUUAUCCCCCGCUAGUGUGAGUUACAGCACUGAAGAACCAGUUGUUAAACAACAAUCUGGGCACGACGACAGCAAACCUAACUACGGAAUUAUUUUGGGAGCUGUGUUUGGUGUUGUUGGGUUCAUUGCGAUCGUGUUUAUCAUCAUUCUGUUAAUUAUUGCAAGGAGAAAAAGAUCGCCGAAGCUAGAGUAAGUUUAAGUUUUCAUACCAGUAAAUUACCAGUCAGAUCAAUGUUUUUAUCGACCUUUUUAAUCCCAGCUGUUAUUUCGACUUUUGAGUGAACUGUACCAUAGUUAUGUCUUGGAAACACUAUCUAUAGUUAUCUCUCAAGGAAUUUAAAUCCCAGGGAUAUUAUUUCCUGGGAGGGGGGGACUUUUCCGUGUUACUGGGAGUCUCUUGGUUACAAUUAAACAGUCUUUAAGUGUUAUUUUCUACUUGUAGAAUUCAUUACACUGCUGAUCAAGAUGUGCCGGACGACAAAGCUAUAAUCGUAAAACCGGAUGGUGUUUAUACUAAACGGCCAGCAAUAUUCAAGGGAAAUUUGAACAGAAAUUUUCAUAAUGUCAACUAUAUGGAAGGACAAGGUAGCGUAGAAUAUGACGAGGAUGAUGACGACGAAACACGCCCUGUGGUAUUAAAAGAAGAUAUAGUUUGAUAUUAACCUACAGUGCGUUAUGUAUCUGCUGUGUUCCAGACAUUCAGACCUAUGAGAGCACUAAAAGAGGAGUUACCGUUCUUGCUACUUUCCUGGUCUCUAACCCAUCCCCUUUGAGUCAAUGGGGAGGGGAGGGGGAGCAGGACACCACAGGAUUGAGCUCUAGGAUAAUGGAUCAUUCGACUCUGCCCUGCAAGGGUUAGCAGGUUGUGUUGCUUCUCUCGAUCUUAAAAAUUUUGCUCUCAAAACUGUCAAAUGAAGUAAGGUGGGUUUAAUAUCCUUUAAGGGAUAAUGUUUAAAUUCAACAAAUCAAUCAGUAUUAAGCAAGGUCUGACUGUAUUUUUGUAACAUAAACCUCUAAACUGAUAAUGUGAGAAAAACAAAACAAAAUCUAAUUUAUUAUAUAAUAUAAUUUAUUCGCGUUAUGUAGAGGUUUAAGAUAUGUUCCUUCUCAGCCUUGAUCUUUGCCUAGUUAAAAAAAAAAAAGUGGCAGAAAUUUUAUUGGUCAGCUCAGAUGAAUUUUGUUUCUUUGAAUCAAACUUUUUCCAGAUUUGUCAGCUGUCUUCUCUCCCCACUCCCCCAUGGGGCGACCCUCGGGGUUUGAGCGAGGAGAAGGCUUACACUUCAGACCACAAAAUAACACGUUGGACAGGAAUUCGUCCCUCUUCGAAAUCCUGUUCAACAGGUUUGGGCAUCAGCUGGCUGUAUGUUCGAAUGGAAAGAUAGUCUAUGACUUGCAGUCAAAUUAAUAAUUAAUAAUUAUAAUAAUGGUUUGGACCAUAGUGUGAAGCUCUAGUUAAUUUGUAUUGAAAACGAUGGUUUACUUUUUUACUUAAAAAAAAUGUGUGUAUAGUUUUGGCAGUAUAAAAACUGUAC